ACACACUUGAUUACCACAGUAUUCUCUGCAACAUGAGUAACCAAGACCCCAAGCUUUCCGCACGCUCGGAUAGACCAAGUAACGAGGAAGUGGCGGAUCAGAUACAGAAGGAAUGGAUGUUCAAAAUCAAACGAGCCCCCGAGAACUUCGUCAUCAGAUGCGGUAUUGUUCCUCUUAUUCUCGGUCUAUUGGAAGCCUUGUUGAUUGUCUCUAACAAUUUCCACUACUUCGGAUACUGGGAAUGGUUCAUCACAAAGUCGUCCGAAACCCGCGACAGCAUUUUCCCCUUCUUGCCGCUCCUCGACCCCUAUUCUCUUUGGCGAGGAUGGAUCGUGCCAAGUUCCCUGGCGAGCGCGACCUACAUCAUCGUCUCACUGCUAUCCUUACGGCACGAGUUAUACCACUGGAAGCCAGAGCUACUAGGGCACUAUCUCGAGUCGGCGAAAGAAUCAAAGAUUGGAGUUUAUGUUCCGCAAGCAUGGUUGGACUUCGCAUUUCACAUAUACGAAGAUAACCACCGAGAAUACAUCAACAAUCGCAUCCAAAAGCAGACCCACAAAGCACUAAACGACUCCGAAGAAUUCCUCAAAAUCCUACGGACCGUGGCAUCCAACGUCUUCAUCUCAACACUCAUGGUCCUCCUCUUCUGGAUUCUGCUGUUACAAACCAAGAUCGAAGCCGAGAAUAUCGUCCAACUACCAAGAUCCUACGUGCCGCCCCUCCAAGGAAUAAUCUGGUAUCUUCUCAACGACCUCUUCUACUUUUACCCCCACUGGAUUGCGCACCACUCGCCCUCUUCAGACGCCUUCUACUACAAGCUCCUGCCUCCUACCCUCGCGAAGGCACUGUACACGCACUUCAACCGCUCGCACAAGCUACACCACAAGACGAAAGCCAAUCUAGGAAUCGCAGCAUGGUACUGCUCGCCCAGUGAACAAAUCCUGUUCAACAUCUUCCCCGCACUCAUCGGGCCCCUUUUCACGCAGUUCCUCGCCUCCACUCUCCCCUUUCCGCUGUCGCAAAUCUGGGGCACGCACCUGAUAGUGCUGUACGUGUGGCUCAUGGCAGCAUCCGCAAUGAGUGUCCUCGCUCAUACCGGGUAUAGGAGCAAGUGGAAUGACCCCGGGAAACACGAUUUGCAUCAUGAGCGCGCGUUUAAUCCGAAGACGGCGGUGAACUUUGGGACGUUGGGCUUCUUUGAUUGGGUGCAUGGGACGAAGAGUCGGAUUCCGAGCGCGGAUGCAGAGGCGUGGAGGAUGCAGAGGGAUAGGCAGGCUGCGCUUUGGGAGGCGAGUAGGAGGAAUGGGGUGGAGUUAAGUCGGGCGCAGAUGGAUGUUGUGAGGCAGCCUGAUCAUAGUCAGGAAUGGGUCGAUAAGACGAUUUGAGAAGAGAAAUAGGCGGGGCGUGAGGAUGUAUUUUCCUUUGGUCUAGGUUGACAUACUUAUAGUACAAGUGCAGACAGGCAAAUGUUUCUGUUAACAUCUUUACUG